AUGGCAUUGGGUGGACCUUCGAGUGGUCCUCGUUUUCCUUGGGAGACAAAUCCUUUCCUUCGAGAUGUCUUGGGCCCUCCAGAAGUUCCUUGGCUUAAACCCCCUGCCAUGAUGAGAAGUAUGAAUUAUGUGCCGUCGACUUUGCAGCCUGUUAGAGCAAAGAUGACUGUGCCUGAAAGGAAAGCUCAAGUCAGGCAUACAGUGCAUCAACAUGUCAGUCAAGCAGCUGAUCAAGCACGCAGCUCUUUGCUCUUGAAGUGGGCGGAACUGUUCAUGAUUAUGCCUGAAGACACACUUCCAGGAAAGAUGUUGCUGGAAUGUGCUGAUGAUGAGCUGAAGGUAAUGACAACCCUCAAUGACCUUUUCGUCACAAAGGCGACAUCUACACUCAGGACACGAGUAGGAUCACUGGGCAUGUACUAUGCAUGGCUUCUUCAUACUUAUCCUGAUGAGCCGGUAUAUCCCCUCACUGAGUCGAAGCUCUAUGCAUAUGCCUGUGAAUGUCGCCAGAUGGGCCAGUCUGCUUCAAGAGUGGAUACGCUUUUGGGCACCCUCAAGUAUGUGGGCGAGGCUUUCAAGUUUCCUGGAGCCAUUGACUCUGCAGGCUCCGAGCGUGUGAAAGGGGCCAGCCAUCAAAUGAUUUUGACUAGGCAACCACGUUCCCGGGCUGACAUGCUGGUUCCUACAAUGUUGUGCUGGCUGGAAAUUGCUUGUUUUAGUGUGGCAGACGACUAUGACAGGAUGAUCGCUGGUUUGUGCUUGUUUUGCUGCUAUGGGCGACUUCGCUGCAGUGACGCUAACAGAACCAGACAUGGGACUUUGAUUGGCCGCUUUUUCGAGGGCGCCUUGUCCAGGACAAAGACGGCCAAGAGCAAGGAGAAAGCCACGAGUUUCAUUCCUUUGAUUGUGCCGAGUUUUGGAUUGCUGGGAAAACCCUGGUUUUUGGAGUUUGUCAAGGCUAGGAGCAAUCUGGGCUUGCGUGAUAUUCCUUCCUUGGAGAGCCAAGCGCAUGACCUGGACUUCGUUUUGGUUCCAGAGAAGGGCUCGCUGGGCUAUGAAACGCAGAAUCCCAUAGGCUCAGUUGAGCUUACAGAUCGACUGCUCAGCCUUUUGGGCAGCGGGUUCUCGCAGGAUGACUUGUAUGGCAUUCGAAGCCACUCGCUGAAAGCCACCCUCCUGGCAUGGAUGAACACUUGGGGUUGCGAUCUGACAACGAGCGAGCUUCUUGGCUAUCAUGUCAAUAAGGAGCAUUCAUCUGCGUUGAACUACAUUCGGGAUUGCCUGAGUGAACCUAUCAGGCGGCUUGUUGAUAUGAUGAAGCAAGUGCAUGACGGGGUCUAUGUGCCGGGGGCAGCCCGUGACAGCCUUUUUCCUCCGGCCUUGCAACGUAAACCCUUGACGCGGCAGUUUUUGGAAAAGACUGGUUUGGAUGUUUUGGAUGCAGCACGAAUUUUCCAAGAGGAUGCUUGGUUCCCUACGACAGCUGCCAUGCGGGAAGCUGAUGGGCGAUUUGUUGUGCUCAAGAGCCAAACCCCGUUCCCGGACGUGGGCCUGGUCGAGUAUCUCAAGCCCACUGAGGAGUUCCCAUUGAGAGGCUUGGCAUCGAGUGAUGACUUGGUCUCAGAUGAUAGUAGCAGCAGUGAUUCAAGUGACAGCACUGCAAAAUCAGAUUGUGAAUUCAGCCAUGCUUAUAUAGAUGCAUACCAUGAAGGUAGUGCUGGUGGUCUUAGGGGUCGUGCCAUUCCAGCUGAGAAGAGUGCGAUGGUGCCACGUGGGAAGUCCACGGAAUCUGCAGCAAGAUUCGAUCAGGUAAACAUGUUGGACUCAUCAGCUGUGUUUGAGUCCAGAGCUGAACAGAUCGGUGUGCUGCCCGAUGAGCUUCGGCGCAUCAAGGAAGCCAAUGUGAACACCUUUGGCAAAUUUGCAUUCGCAGCAAAUUACACACCGGGACAAGCUGAUGAGCAGCCACUCAUGUUGCUGAUCAGCCGUGUUUGUGAUGCUGAUCCUCCUCCAUCUGAGAGAGUCCCUUUGGUGAGGAGGCUAUUCUAUGAAAGUUACACUCUGGCCAAUGCUGAUCUGAGGUCUCGCAUCGAACAGCGAGAGGGUGAUCCGCCAAGAUGCCUUGCGCAAGCUGAGAGGGCCUCUCGUUAUGCAGACCAGGUGGCUAGGCUGUCAGGCUUAGACCUGACGGGUGAGCUCGAACCCUCACAUGGGCUCAUUGAUGUAGUGUUUCAGAUGGUGGAGGAGAAUCAGAUGAGAUACAUACGGUGGGAGCAGUGCACCAAAAGAGAUCAAGAGCUGAUGGGUAUCAAGGUUGACCCUACAUGGAAGCCUGACUCCCAAGGCAUCAUUCGCCAGGUCAAAGUGGAGUCAGAGAUCAAGGCGGACACUUCGUCUGACUUGAGACUCCGCUAUGCACUUCAGCGCCGUAGUUUAGCCAUUGAUCAAAGUCGCCUCUGCAACUACGACAAGUUGGAGAAAUGGAGCAACAUUCUCCUGGAGGCUUACUCCAAGACGCCGAUUGCAGGGUACCAGAAGGUGAGCAUUGAGCAGAUCCAGCAAGCAGAUUUGGAACUCUGGAAGCUGGUCAUCAAACAGACUCGUGCUGGUAUCCGUCCGGUGGGGGGCAAGAUGCCCGUUGAGGAGGCUGUUGAAUCAAUCAUCAAUUUGCCGGAGGUACGCCUUCACCUCCAGCCACUUCCUGCGGGCACCAAGCGCAAGCUCGAGAUGGAUGAUGAUACAAAGCCAUCUCAACCCAAAAGCAAGUCCUCCUCGGCUGACACUGAGCGCCUCAAGAAGACCAUUGAGAAUCUGCAGGGUCAAGUGCGUAACAUGCAGAAGGGCAGAGGCAAGGGAAAGAGCUCAGGGCGCAAAGGCAACCAAAGUUCCCGGUCGAUGAUUCGUAUGCCUGUGGAGCUCAUUGGGCAGAAUGCCAUGACCAAGGACAAUGAGCCCAUUUGCUUCAGCUUCAACUUGAGAGGCUGCAAGAACGCCUCAGCUGGAGGCAAAUGUGAGAAAGGCGUGGUGCUAUUUUUGCACUGCGCACCUCCAUGUGGCACGGCAAGCCGUGCAAGAGAACGCAAGCUAUCCUGGAGGCUGAGAGCAGCAGGUGUUCGUGAGCCGAAGCCUUUGCGGAGUGGGCUGCAUCCUGAAGGUUUGCCACAUCUUCGAAGCACAGAUUUGAAGCGUGUACAAACUGCAAAUGCCAUUUACAGGAACAUUUGCAUUCUGCUGCGAGCUGCUCACGAGGCAGGCAAACAACCACGUGGAAACCGUUUCCCCGAAGUCUUGCCAGAGUUUCGUGAAGUCUGUGAGCUUUCUUUCACUUUGCCUCGCACGAAACCAGUGCCCCGCAAACUCCAAAGUCAUGAAUGCGACCUGCUGGGAGUGCAAGGUGGAGCCAAAUUGCUCACAUGUGUUCAAGCGGGGUCGGUAUCGGAUGUGAGCAAAAAUGCCGAUGAAACCCCUAGAUCCUGCAAGGUGGGCAUCUAUCGAACCCCAGAUGAAUUUGUAGAAGCAGCCCUCCGUCUUUCGCAUCCUUUUGAUGGUAGCAGCUACGUUGAUGAUGCAGUCAAGAGGAACAUUUUCGAGCUGUACACCUUGGGGGCAAAAGGGGUGAAAGACAAAAGACUCCAAGCUUUUGCCUACUAUAAGAGAAGACAGCUGGAACUCCAGAGUCGGGAAAAUGCCCUGCAUGCUAUGUUGGAACCGGCUCGAGCAAACAUCGUGAAGGACAAGCGUUUCCUCCUUUUCUCUGAAAUGGCGAAAGAUGCUGGUGUAGUGGAUGAUUCACUUCUUGAAGAUUUGCUGGCUGGUUUUAGCCUAAUUGGCCAGUCAGGCUGCAGCAGCCUUUUCCUUGAAGAAGACACUCUGCCAGCUAUGUCCAGGGAGCAGCUUGUGAAGUCCUCUCGCUGGAGUCGCAAAAUGGUGGCAGCCAAAGGCAUGGAUAGCCAUGCUGAGGGCCUGAAUGUGGUUGAAGAAACCUGGGCCACUACCAUGGAUGAAGUUCAGCGCGGAUGGCUCCAAGGCCCUUUCAGUCAGGAUGAGAUCAGGCAGCGCUUGGGGCCGUUGUUUGUAGCCUCUCCCCGUUUCGGAUUGAUGCAGGGGGAGAAGUGCAGGCCGAUAGACGACAUGUCCAUUAGCCUUGUCAAUGCUGCUUUUGCUGCGGCCUACAAACUAGAUCUGGAUGGAGUUGAUGGAAUAUCCGUGAUGGCCCGCACCAUGAUCGAAGCCGUUGCUGAUGAUGGCACUGUUGAGCUAGAGCUGAGUGACGGGUCAGUGAUGAAAGGGUACUUGCACCCUUCCUUUUCCGUGGCCAGUGCCAGACAGCUUGCAGGCCGUACGCUUGAUCUUGAGGCUGCCUAUAAGCAGCUCCUGGUUCGUGAGUCGUCUUUAUGGUGCAGUGCUUUGCAAGUUCGCAGGCCCAGUGGCUCCAAUGCAUACUUCAUUUCCCAAGUUUUGCCAUUUGGUGCCUCUGCCUCGGUUUAUGCCUUUAACCGAGUGAGCCGAGCCUUGCAUUGCGUCGGUACACGACUCUUUUCUCUGGUAUGGUCUAACUACUACGAUGAUUUUCCCCAACUGGAUGUAGCUAUGGCUGGUGAAGAUGCCACAACCACUGCUGAAGGCCUGAUGGACCUUCUAGGGUGGCGUUACUCCAAGAAGGAGAACAAGAGGCUUCCGAUGUCCCUAAGUUUUUCUGCUUUGGGCGUGGUCUUUGACUUCCAAGCUGCUCAAGAAGGGAAAGUGAUCGUCAGAAACAAAGAGUCCAGAGCGGAACAGAUCUACGAGGAGAUCACCAAAAUUUUGCAGCUGGGCACCUUCACCAGCGCUCAAGCUGCCAGUUUGAGGGGUAAGCUUCAGUUCGCCGAGAGUCAGACUUUCAGUCGUGCGGUAGCCCUGCAUAUGCGUGAGUGCCAUGCCCGUGCAAAUCAGGCGGGCCCUUCUCCCAGUCUCAACCCUGGGAUAGUGUCGGAACUGGAAUGGGCUAAGGCCUUUGUGCUCGGGGCUCAUCCUCGAGUGCUGUGUGCUCAUUCUAGUGAAAACAAAGUGGUGAUUUUUACUGGUGCUUUCUUGGCCGAGGACGACACUUUGGCAGGCAUAGGCAUGGUUGCAUAUGCGGUGAGACAGGGACGUGUAGCCAAGAAGUUUUACAUGUCCGAGCGCGUGCCACCAGAUGUUCUCAAGAUUGUGACUAUCAAGUGUGGACCAUGGACCACUGCAUCCGUUCCUGCCUGGAUGCAUUGGCGCACUCAUGUUGAAGAACUGAAGGCCAUGUCUGCAGCAGUUUGUGCAAUUUGUCACAUCCGCAUCAUUGGUGAGCUGUUUUCUUUGUGCCCUGUUUCCGCCACGCGACAAGCAUGCAACUGGCUGAAGUGA